CGGCGCGCGGCCCGGCGGUGACACCGGGAACCGGCACCGGCACCGCCCUGCCCCUCAUCACCCUUAUCGUCCUCACCGUCCUCACCGCCAUGGCGGGCGGCCCGCAGGAGAACACCCUGCUGCACCUCUUCGCCGGGGGAGGAGUGUGAGCAAUGUGAGAGGCACCUGACAAAAGAGAGAAGGAUGAGCUGAAGCCAUUUCCUCCUGAGCUGUGUGGACCCACAGAGGGCUCAGCUCCAAGCCCUGCCUCAGUACACACAAUAAUCAGAGCUGAUGAGGUCUGGGAGCACUGGUGUUUCAGAGCCAGAUGACACAAUUCCAGCUGCUGUUCAUGAUCAGCUCAGGGACUUCAGUCAACAUUCAAAAGCUUUCAGAGGGAUGAAGCAAAGCUUUCUUACAGUGUCUGUCAUUGUGCACGUGUGGAUUGUCCCUGGUUUGGGUUUCCAUCCCUUUCAGCCAGGAAGAGGAACUGAACAAUGCUGUUAAAUCAUAUUACCAGUCUCCAUGAAAGCACUUUCUUCUGGUGUGGAGGAACAGUUGGAGCCAUCUUUACGUGUCCCUUAGAGGUGAUAAAGACGAGGCUUCAAUCUUCAAAGCUGGCCUUCAGGACUGUCUACUACCCCCAGGUGCAGCUGGGGACCAUCAGCGGGGAAGGAAUGGUCAGGCCAACAUCUGUGUCCCCUGGGCUCUUCAGUGUUCUCAAGACAAUUCUGGAAAAAGAAGGACCAAGGUCACUCUUCCGAGGGCUGGGUCCAAACUUGGUUGGAGUUGCACCAUCAAGAGCUGUCUAUUUUGCCUGCUACUCCAAAGCCAAAGAGCAGUUUAACAGCAUGUUUGUGCCCAACAGCAACAUUGUGCACAUCUGUUCUGCAGGUUCUGCAGCCUUUAUCACAAAUUCCCUGAUGAACCCUAUAUGGAUGGUGAAAACAAGAAUGCAGCUGGAACGGAAAGUGAGGGGCUCCAAACCAAUGAAUGCUUUGCAGUGUGCUAGAUAUGUUUACCAGACAGAAGGUGUCCGUGGUUUCUAUAGGGGCCUGACUGCCUCCUAUGCAGGGAUUUCUGAGACCAUUAUCUGCUUUGCUAUUUAUGAAAGUUUAAAAAAGCACUUAAAGGAAGUCCAACUGCCCCCUUCCUCUAACGGGACCGAGAGGACCUCGACAAGCUUCUUUGGACUGAUGGUUGCUGCUGCUGUUUCCAAGGGCUGUGCCUCCUGUAUUGCUUAUCCUCAUGAGGUGAUCCGGACGCGGCUGCGGGAGGAGGGCACCAAGUACAAGGCUUUCAUACAGACAGCGCGGCUGGUGGCCCGCGAGGAGGGCUACCUGGCCUUCUACAGAGGACUCUUUGCCCAGCUCAUCCGGCAGAUCCCAAACACAGCCAUUGUCCUCUCCACCUACGAGCUGAUCGUGUACCUCUUGGACGACCACGCCAAGUAGCAGAGCCAAGGUUCCUGUUACAGACUGAAGACCAAUUUCUUCACUGAACAAAUAGUCCUUUAAGAGACUGGUGCAGGUGGCAGUGCUGGUGGAAACACUACAAGUCUGUGACCAUCUGUGGAUAUUUCCUUUUGGACUCAUGCUUUCUAAAAGGUCUCAAGUCAUUAAUGUUAAUAGUUAAUUAUAAUUUUUUAACUUGAUAAUUAAACUACUACUAAAUUAAAUUACAGUAUUUAAUUUAAUUAUAUGUUUGUCCUUUUCCUUAAGCACAGCCAUAUGUGGUCAAGGAAUGUACCUCAUGCUAUUAAGUGAUCUCUUGGACUGAUGUUCAUUAAAACUGUAUUAAAAGAGGAGAACUGGCUUGGACAUUUGAAA